AUGCCCUCUCACUUUGACACGCUUCAAUUGCACGCUGGCCAGGAGGUCGAGAAACCCCACAGUGCCAGGGCCCCUCCCAUCUACGCUUCCACGUCAUUUGUGUUUGACGACUCAAAACAUGGUGCCCAGUUGUUUGGCCUCGAGAAACCAGGGUACAUCUACUCUCGUAUCAUGAAUCCCACCAACGAUGUGUUUGAGAAAAGAAUCGCCGCUUUGGAGGGCGGCAUUGGUGCUUUGGCAGUGGCCUCUGGUCAGGCUGCUCAGUUUAUCACCAUUGGCGGCUUGGCCCACGCUGGCGACAACAUUGUCUCCACUUCUUACUUGUAUGGUGGUACUUACAACCAGUUCAAGGUUGCUUUCAAAAGAUUGGGCAUUGAAACGAGAUUUGUCCGUGGUGACUCUCCCGAGGACUUUGCAAAGUUGAUUGACGAGAAGACCAAGGCAGUUUAUGUGGAGUCCAUUGGAAAUCCCAAAUACAAUGUUUCAGACUUUGACAAGAUCAUAAAGAUCGCUCACGACAACGGCAUCCCUGUCGUGGUGGACAACACUUUUGGCGCUGGCGGCUAUUUGGUGAGUCCAAUCAAGUUGGGUGCAGACAUUGUGGUGCACUCGGCCACAAAGUGGAUUGGUGGUCAUGGAACCACCAUUGGUGGUGUUAUUGUGGACUCUGGUAAGUUCCCAUGGAAGCAGUACCCUGAGAAGUUUCCUCAAUUCUCCAAACCUUCGGAGGGCUACCACGGCUUGAUCUUGAACGAUGCUUUGGGAGAGGCUGCUUUUAUAGGCCACGCCAGAAUUGAGUUGUUGAGAGACUUGGGUCCGGCUUUGAACCCAUUUGGCUCCUUCCUCUUGCUUCAGGGGUUGGAGACCUUGUCCUUGCGUAUCGAGAGACAGUCCUACAAUGCGUUGAAGCUCUCGCAGUGGUUGGAGAAGUCGCCACACGUGAAGUGGGUUUCGUACGUGGGCUUGCCAUCUCAUGAGAGCCACGAAUUGGCGAAGAAGUACUUCAACACCGAGCACUUUGGUGGUGUUUUGGCUCUUGGCGUGAAGGAACUCGACCAAAAGGCUGACGAUCCUUUCAAGGAGGCUGCUGCUCAGGUUGUGGACAAUUUGGAAGUGGCUUCCAACUUAGCCAACGUUGGUGACUCCAAGACUUUGGUGAUUGCUCCAUACUACACUACCCACCAGCAGUUGAGUGAGGAGGAGAAAAUUAGCUCUGGAGUCACGAAGGAGUUGAUUAGAGUCUCGGUAGGUACUGAGUUCAUCGACGACCUCAUUGCUGACUUUGAACAAUCGUUCAAGAAGGUGUAUGGGGCUUAG